UCCGUAGGUACGGGCGUGUCAAAUCUUAUUUACAUGCCAUGCGGCUAUUUAAUUUCUCCGGCACGCAUACGGAUAGAGUUGCGAAGUGACUCUCUAUCACUCAUAUCCAUAUGUACGGACGUGUCAGAUUUUCUCUCCAUACCAGGCGACUAUUUAAUUUCUUCGACGCGCAUACGGACAGAACUGUGAAGUGACUGGGUCUGCUAUUCUUUCUCACGUCACAUUACCGGACUGGAUUAUUCCUUAUUCCUGUUGGACCUGACUCGCGGUCAACCCGACCUGCUCCGUGUGUCUGGAUCAAGAUUUAAUGUUGAAUAAAUUGGUUAAAGAUGGCUUAAUGAACUUUGGGCCAACGCUGUUUUUUUGAGUCCGACUUUACUCAGGAUAGAUGAGACUCGCGGUCAUCAUCUCUGAGAGCAAUUAAAUUAAACGGUUUAGAUCCGAGACUCGCACUAUAUAUGACAUUCUCGCUAGAAUUACAUCUCCUGCAAGAAUUAAUUUCUUUUGCUUGGACCACAUAAGCAUACAGAGCUUUGAGUAAACCUUCAUCUAGUUAAAUUCCCAUCAUCAUCAUUAUUGUUUCCUAUUACAGAUAUAUAGAGUACUUGUAUAGAUAGCUAUGUACAGGGCAAGUGUAGAUUAAGAUAGAGACUCAAGAGAUAAAUGCUCAUUUCUUAUCACCUACCUUGUCACUUCUUUGCAUUUCACACCAAUUUCUCUCAAGCUAUUCAGUACUAGUGUUUCUCUUAUAAGGACAAAUCAAAUCUUCUUCUCUUGUUAUCUUUCAUUUUGAUCUCUCUUCUUGAUCAAAGGCUAGAAUUUCAUUAAAAUCAUCUUUUUUCUUGAUUUUUGGGGUGUUGUAAGGGAUGGGUUUGAGUUCUAAGCAGGUUUCUUGGGAUGGGUUAGGCUGGAGCCAGACCCUUUUGCAGGCUCAGACCUUGGAGCUUCCAAAAACUCCGGUUGCGAGACGGCAACAGCAACAGCAACAGAACCACCAGCAAUCGGAGCCCUUGAAGUGCCCGAGGUGUGACUCAACGAAUACCAAGUUUUGUUAUUAUAACAACUACAACAAGUCUCAGCCAAGGCAUUUUUGCAAGACUUGUAAGAGACACUGGACCAGAGGUGGCACUCUACGUAAUGUUCCUUUAGGAGCUGGCCGCAAAAACAAGCGUCUGAAAACUUGUAAAACCACUGCCAAAGCCACCACAGCAGCAGCCGCCGCCACUACAAGCACCACUAGUACAACUACCAGUAAUGCUCAGAAGCAAAAGCAGAAUCUUUCUCUUGCAUUUGGUGAUCAGAAAAGCGUAUCUGAAAUUAUUUGCCAACCAAUGAUUAACCUGCCAUCCUCAGCUUUGCAACAGAGUUCUGAAAGCUGCAGCAGCAGCUUUGUUUGUAAAAAUUUCAGCACCAGCAACAAUAGCGUCUUCUUGGGUUCAACGUUGUCUCUUCCACAAAAUCAAGGGCUAUAUUUUCCUUAUUCAAGCUCAUCAACCUCUUUUGACACACACCCAUUUUCAAUUUCCACCUCCUUGCAGUCCUCAAAUCUUUAUAACUACAUUGGAGAAGCUAUGGAAGAUUCAACCAUCACCACCCCCAUGCCCAUCACAAGCAGCACCGUCAGUACUCAACAAUGGCAAGUGCCAAAUACAAGCAGUUGUAUGGAUAUGACGAGUUAUUGGAAUUGGGAUGAUAUAGACACUUUCGUCUCCACUGAUCUCAAUAUUCCCUGGAAUGAUUCUGAGCUCAAUCCAUAGUUAGGGGGCUUGAAUUGACCAUUGUGAGCCUGUUGGUGGGAGUUUGUGUUUGAUGGGGAUGAGUCUCAUGUGUAAUGCCUUCGUCAAAAUUCAUGUAUUCUCUGAUUUUGAGGUCAUUUAUAAUGUAUAGUGUAACUACUAUAGAAAGUAGAGUAAUUGAAGCUGUCCCUUUUAGUUUCAGCUUCAGUCGAAUAUCUCAAAUUUUUAAAAUUCAACCUGAUGUUAUGAAAUUGUUAUGAAAUUCAGAAAAUAAGAUGUACCUAGGUGUGUAAACUCUUCUGGAGAGGAAGAUGUUUAUUCCCUUUUAUC